AUGACUUCAGAAAGACUUCGCAUAGGAUACAUUCCUGAACACUUCUCAACGCCCCUCCACUUCGCCAUCAAGCAUUUUGGUCUCGAAGCCGACAUCAAGCCCUUUCCUACUGGCACAGGCGCCCUCACAGCAUCUCUGAAAGACAACAGCAUUGAUGUGGCGAUCGGCUUGACCGAGGGCUUCGUAGCAGACUUGGGAAAGACAAAUGCCAGCAAAGAGACUCCUGCAUACAAGCUGGUGGGAACAUACGUUGAGAGUCCGCUGUGCUGGGCCAUCAGUGUGGGAAACAAGAGCUCCAUCAAUGAUGAGAAUGAGUUGAACGGCAAGAGAGUCGGUGUUUCACGUAUUGGCAGUGGAUCGUAUGUCAUGUCAUACGUCCUUGCUGAUCAGAAGGGCUGGUUGGAGAAGUCAAAGUCGCCUUUUGAAGUUGUGCCAUUGGGGGACUUCAAGGCUCUGCGCAAUGGUGUCAAUGAAGGAGACAAGGCCGACUUCUUCAUGUGGGAGCACUUCACAACCAAGAAGUUCUACGACAAUGGCGAGUUGAAGCGUGUGGGCGAUAUCUACACCCCCUGGCCUAGCUGGAUGAUUGCUGCAAGAGACGCUAAAGAUAAGAAGUUGGAGGUCAUGGCAGAGAAACUGAAUCAAGGAGUCCAGUACUUCCGUGAGCACCAAGAAGAGUCGGUCGAACACAUCACCGGUACCAUGGAGUACUCGCAAGAAGACGCCAAUGCGUGGCUCAAGACGGUCAAGUUUUCAGACAAUGUCCGAGGCGUAGAUUCAGGCGUUGUGGAGCACACGAUCAGCAUCUUGAAGAAGGGCGGCGUCUUAGACGACAGCAAUGGUGGUGUAGAGGGUAUGGUGGCCAUUAACCGUGCCCAGAAGGGUCAAUAG